AUGAAGUUAUUCUUCCUUGCUACUGUAUUAUUAAUCAGUGGCACUCAUGGAGCUACAACUGAACAGUUGAGACAGUGGAUUCUCAAUAACAGAGAGAGCCUGAAUGGGCAAAACGAUUUGGCUGGAAGUAUUUUGAGCUCUGCUUCCAGACUCUUCGGAUGGGGUGCUGAAAAAACGACAGAAGCUACUACUGAAACCACAACCGAAGCUCCAACGACUCCUGAGCCAAAAUCCCACAGUCGUGACGUCUGUCCAUUCUUUGCCGAACCUCUCAUUCUGGCCAAUGACUUUGCAUAUUGUCGUCCUGCAUCUCUAGGAGAUUGUCCAGUUGGAUAUCUAUGUGAUCAGUCUGUGAAACUCGGAAGAUCGAUUUGCUGUAAAGACACUCGACGUGGAAUCGUUCCAAACGGAAGACCAGCUCGUCCAACCCAACGUCUCCCACUUACUUGGAGCACAGUGACACCAACAGCCGCUCCAUCCCAACCAAUUCCAACAGCAACAUCCCGCAAAGCACCAUGGUACAUCAAGGAUCGUACCGCCUGGCCAACCUACAAUAGAAUCUCUGCUGAAAAGGCUCUCCAAAAGACAUCCACCUCAGAGCCAACUACCACGACCACCCCAGAGCCAACGACUACAACCACCACAACAACUACAACUACAACUACCCCAACAACCACAACCACAGAACCAACAACAACUACGGAGCCAACCACUACAACUACCACCACUGAACCAACUACCACAACUCCAAAGAUUAAUUCCUGGGCCAAGUUAUGGACUUCUACUGUUGAACCAAAAAGCUUUGUGAAUGUUACUGUCCUUCAAGCCGGAUCUGUCAGACCAUUGAGAGAUGGUCAAGCGGAAGCCGUCGGAGCUAUCACUCUCGUCAAUGAUAAUGGAUACAUCGUUCUAAUUGACACUGGAGCUAGCAGUGAUACCGAGAGAUUGUUACAUAGUCUCGCCAAAGAGUCCGUGACUCUUGACCAAAUCGACAGUGUUGUCAUAACUCACGCAUCACCGGGUCACAUGGGAAACAUGAAUUUCUUCGCCCAAAAACCAAUCUUGUAUCACUCGAUGGAAUACAUCGGUCGUCAUGUCACACCAACUGAAUUGAAGGAGAGACCAUAUCGCAAGUUGUCUGGAAACGUUGAGGUCUGGAAGACACCCGGACACACUCAACACGAUUUGUCAGUUCUGGUACAAAAUGUUGCUGGUUAUGGUACUAUGGCUAUUGUUGGAGAUUUGAUUCCAAGCGAACAUUUGUUGAGCGAAAAGAGAGACGUUAUGGUGGAGGAAGGUGUAUGGGAUAAUGCUAUCAAGAGACAAAAUGCGAAUCUGAUUGUUUGCAUGGCCGAUUGGAUAGUUCCAGGACACGGGCAGCCAUUCCGAGUGCUUCCAAACUAUAGACAAAAGGCUGGAUGUACACGACUCUUGGCUCAACGUCACCUUCUUAAUCAAUCUUGA